AUGGGGCGCCACCCCAUUGAAGCUGGCGUCUCAUUUGAACGCCCUGACGUGCGUUUUCUCCUCCCGGUUCUGUCUCCCCGCAGCAAUGGUCUGACCCCGGUGUCGCCGGCGGCCCCCGCCUCCCCCCGUCCCGCCGUCCCCAGCCCGGCCCCCGCCGGCGAGGAGCUGACCACCCCGGAGCCCCUGGACCACCCCGUCCAGCCUGCGCCCCAGCACGAUGUCCCCUACUUCAGGGCGGCGAUGCGGAGCGAGGCGGACCGGCUGGCGGAGCUCUGUGAGCGGUGGGGCGGGCGGACGGAGGACCCCGCGGUCCCGGAGGAGGUGCAGGACCUGAUCCGGACCACCGUGGGCCAGGCCCACCUGCUGAUGGCCGAGCGCUUCCAGCAGUUCGGGGGGCUGGUGGACGACUGCGAGUUCGGCCGCGGGGAGAAGGAGACCACCUGCACCGACCUGGAGGGCUUCUGGGACAUGGUCUACUUCCAGGUCAGGACAACCCCCCUCUCUCUCUCUCAGUGCAGUGUUCAUGUACUGGAGUGUCCAGUCAGUGUGUCUGUAUGAA